AUGGCUAAAUAUGGACAAGCCGAUCAAAGGUGUCUGCUAUGGUCAAAUAUUUUAGACGAGAUUGUGGUGUUUGGGGUCAAGUAUUAUCCCCCUGACCCCACCAAAGUGGGGAAUGAACUGACCAAGUACAUGCUGUGUCUCCAACUCCGGAAAGACAUUGAAGAAAACAAAAUCGAAUGUUCUUUCGGAGUGCAGAUACUUUUGGCCUCCUACUGUCUUCAGAGUGAGUUGGGAGAGUACCAAAUGACCGAAGACUACCAGAAGAAGGCCAUCAAUUACGUUCUGAUGGAUAAUCCCUCGAUGGAAUACUUGGCCACAAUUCGGGAGGCCCACAAAAUGUUGAAUCAACUUACCAACACGGAGGCCGACGUGCACUUCCUCGACAUUGUCAGAAAACUUCCACGCUAUAGUUUCGAAUUUUUUGAGGGGGAAGUAAUCGACGGACUGGCAGUUACAUUCGGAGUGGGCUGCAUUGGAAUUGUGAUAUAUUUGGACAGUCUCAGGAUGUUCCGAUUCACGUGGCUAAAGAUUGUCAAACUGUCCUACAGAGGACUCCACUUUAUUGUCAAGUUCGGACAAAAAGGGAAAUACACAACACAAACAUAUCGAAUGAAGAAUCAAAGACAGGCCAAAAGUUUAUGGAAGAGGUCUGUGGACAACCACGUGUUCUUUCGACUGACUGUCAACCUGCCCUCUCGGAAAGGAAUUCUGAACACAUUGAAGACUGACCAAUCCCUGCUGUCUUUUAAACAAACUAGUUAUUCCCAAGACAUGAAUCGGGGCAUUACUAAUAAUACUUCUGCCGAUACUGACCUUCGUCGGGCUGUUCUUAAGGUCACCCAAGUUCCAGUCGACGUCUUUGUGGAGGAAAUUAGUUCUCAUGAUAAUUUCGGACAUUCACUUGUACGAAAAUGCUUAUAA